CAUGUUUAUUUCUUUUCUUGCAUUCCCAAAAAUGCAUGCUUUAGGAUACAACCACACACACAUUAUCACUUUAGAGCAUAUUCAUGUUCCUUCAUCCUUUAUCUAUUGUUUGGCAUCCAUGUUUACUUCUUUCCUUACACUCCCAUAAUCUUGUUUGAUUCUCUGCCUUCAACAAUUGAAAUAUGGAUUCAUACAUGGUCAAAUGUGAUUCUUCGUCAAUCAAGACACCUUUUGAAAUAUUCAUCCAUGGAGAAAGCUUUGACCAACAAAGGAUUCAAGAGAUCUUCAAUUGCAAGCAUUUUCUCCGUCAUGGACAAUUGCCAAAUCCAGGGGGCAAACUUAGAAGGACAAGAACCAAGAGCAACCUUAAGAUCAAAAGCUCAGCCACAUCGCACUUCAUGUUGCUCCAGCAAUCAAGGGAUUCAUCAAGGAAAAGAAUGGAACUUCUUAUUAAACAAUUGUAGUUUGAAAGAUCUAGGAGCCAGAUUUUACUGGGGACUUGAAUGCUACCAUGUUGAUGGCCUACAGAGGAUCCCUGUUUAUCUUCCCCUGUCUAUUAAGGCCCAACCAUCUCAUCCUCCUUCCCUCAAACAAAUCAAGGCAAUUCCACGAGAAUGGUGGGAAUCGUUGGAGUGGGACCAUCCCAAUGCAAAGGAUGUACUUUGCCCCAUGCUUGAAUUUGAGGAUUCUACAUUAUCCGAGUCAGAACAGUCAGAAUGGGAGGAUUAUACACUAUGGGAGUCAGAACCGCCAGAAUGGGAGGAUUAUCCAGAAGAUUGAGGAUCUGUCUGAAUUUUGUUACUACUACAUCAAUUAGUGUAUUUAAGCAUUUCAGUCUACUGCUGUCUAGAUAUGUUCUCAAUUUUCAUGAAUUAGCUCAAGACUCAUUCCACAAGCAGGUUAAAUUCAAUUCUUCUUCUUCUUCUUUUCAGUUGCAUGUAUCUUUUUGAUUUCUUGUGUCUUGAAAAAGUAGCAAACGAGCUUGAACUGUUUGUCUGUUUAAUUUAUUCAUGAAUGAUGUGUCUAGGCAAGCUUCAAUUCUGCAUAUUGCAUAAUGGAACGAGCUUUGAUAUUUUGUUAUCAAAUUUACCCUUUUUAUAAGGACUUUCAUAUUUUCUUAUCAAAUUUGUUGAUUAUUUUUGAAAAUGUAUAGUACUGCUUAAUUUACCCUUCUUUGAAGUCUUUGAUAUUCAGUUGAUUUUUAAGUAAUGAUUUUUUUUUUUUUUACAAUCUAGGUGUGACUCUCUGCAAAUCUUUGUUAUAGCAUUCAUUUCCUACAAAUUGAAGAAUUUUCAACUAAUGAAUUUUUCUUUUUUUC